CCACCCUCGGGCGGUCGCUGUUGUUGUGGUCGCCAUGGCGACGGGUCGGUUUUAUUUUUAAUAGCUGCCAGCGAUACGAGAGAUGCCUGCGCCGCACGCCCCGAAGCUCCCGAGUCCCGGGGUGAUGUGCCCAGGCUCCGCCUGGCUCUGGCCCCAGGCUCCCGCCCUGGGAGCCCCUUUCCGUGUCCCCGGAUCUUCCCCACCCGCCUUGAACUCCAGCUGGGCGCCCCUAUAGCGCCAGGAGGAUUCCCACGUCCGCUGUCACACGGGGUCCUUGAACCCCAAGGAGGUGUCCUCGCGUCCCCUCUGCCCGCGAGGAGUCCGAGGCCGAGCGGGUCAUGAUUCGCACAACUCCCAGGAUAAGAAGGCGAGGGCUCGACCGGGGGCCGCCUUCCAGAAAGCCCCUCCAGAGCACCAGGAGGCUCCACCCGGACAGACGGCCGGGCUUUCAGGAAGCUGAGAUCCCCCGGGAGCUGAUCGAGCGGCUGGCUCGAAGUCAGAUCCACAGCAUCCGGGACCUCCAGCGACUCCUGGAGAUAGACUCCGUAGGAACCGAGGAUGCCUUGGAGACCAGCCUGAGAGCCCAGGUGCCCCAUGCCACCAAACAUGCUCCCGAGAAGCGGCCUGUGCCCAUUCGGAGGAAGAGGAGCAUCGAGGAAGCCAUUCCCGCGGUCUGCAAGACCAGGACAGUCAUUUACGAGAUACCUCGGAGCCAGGUGGACCCCACGUCUGCCAACUUCCUGAUCUGGCCGCCGUGCGUGGAGGUGAAGCGCUGCACCGGCUGCUGCAACACCAGCAGCGUCAAGUGCCAGCCCUCGAGGGUCCACCACCGGAGUGUCAAGGUGGCCAAAGUGGAGUAUGUCAGGAAGAAGCCAAAGUUGAAAGAGGUCCAGGUGAGGUUAGAGGAACACCUGGAGUGUGCAUGUGCGACCUCCAGCCUGAAUCCAGACCAUCGGGAAGAGGAGACGGGAAGGCGUAGGGAGUCAGGUAAAAAACGGAAAAGAAAACGGUUAAAACCCACCUAAAGUCGCCAACCAGAUGUGAGGUGAGGAUGACCCAGCAGCCCUCUCCUGGGACACGGAUGUACAUGGCGUGUUACAUUCCUGAACCUACUAUGUACGGUGCUUGAUUGCCAGCGUGUGGUCUUUGUUCUCCUCCGUGAAAACUGUCCAAGAGCACCCUGGAGAACAAAGCCGACAGUGUGCAUUUGUUCAGUGUGACAUCAAAGCACGUAUUGUAGCACUCCGAGAGACAGCAGAAGCCUCCUUGUCAGCGAGAGAGAAAACAAACCACAAAACAUGACACAAACAAACUGGACUCACAACAAAUAUCUACGCGGCGGACAGAAGGGCUGCCCCGAGGGGUGGACGUGUGGCGGCUCAAGGGAUGGAUUUCUUCUGUCGGUGGCCACAGGUGCUCUUUGCCAAGGACGUGGAGUUGCAGACACUUGCGGGGCGCCAGGCUCUGCGGGACACGUGGGAAUCGGGGUGACCCGGGCAGCUGUGCCUACACCUCGCUGUCGUGCUUGAGUCCAUCGGGGCCUUCCCCAGACAGAGCCUUAAGUGGGUUUUUUGUUGUUGUUGUUGUUUUUUUGUUUUUUGUUUUUUUACACUGUAAAGUGAUUAAGCUUUCCUUUUUACUCUUUGCCUAGCUUUUUUUUUUUCUUUUUAAUUAUCUCUUGGAUGACAUUUACUCCGAUAACACACAGGCUGCUGUAACUGUCAGGACCGUGCCACAAGUGUGUUUCCUAGCAGGAUGCAACUAAUGAGAUGUAUUAAAAUAAACAUGGUAUACCGACCUAUGCAUCAUUUCCUAAAUGUUUCUGGCUUUAUAUGUUCCUCCUGUACCCACUUAUUUUUCAAAUGAAGUGAGACCAUAUCCCCCCCGAGGUGCUGCCCGCUGUUCUUCCCCAAGGGUGGCUGUGUGGCUCUUGUGCCCCUCGGAGUGUCUGGACAGAACCUAAAUUCUUUAUUUUUGGUAAGCUGUUGUGCUUUAUUUGUAUUAACAGAAAUGUGCAUGUGUAGUUUCUUUGUGGGGUUUUUUUUGUUUGUUUUUGUUUUUUCUUCUGUAAAGGUGAAGUUUGUAUUUUUAUUGUUACCAGUUUUAUAUACAUGAGAGCCUAUUAUUAUUAUUAAUUUUUUGAACCAGAAGAAAAAAAAUGCACGUGAAACACA